AUGGAAUCCGAAAAUAACAAGACCAAUGAUGGAUAUGAUCAGAGUUCUAGUGGAGUUAUGCUAAAGAAAGAUCCCAGAAUUUGUGAUUCGGCUAAGGUUCCGGCAGCUUUCAGUGAAGGUGCACUGGUAUCAAUCGAUCGUGAAAAUUUGCCUCAACUUCUGGAGGUAAACAAGUUUCUUAAGGAGGAAAUGUCACUCUUAAAUACUCGGGCGCAUAUGUUGAAAAAGAAAUUACCACCAAUAUUGAACAGUGAGGGGAAUGAUUUCACUGACGAAUUUAUAAGAAUGAAGGUAGAAAUGGAUAAAGAGAAGGCUCGGGCGAACAAAUUGGAGGCAUUAUGGUUUUCUGAAGAGAAAAAGAUCAUUGAAGAAAGAUCGAAAUUAAAGGAAGAAGAAGAUGAAUGGAAGGAGAAAAUUAAGAUGAAAGAAAAGCUUGCAUCCAAAGUGAACGAGCUUCAUGAACAGAUAUUUGAAAAAAUUGUUGGAGAUGAAUUGAACUUUAUUCAGCAUAAUUUGUUGGUUGAAACAGAUCGCUACAAUACAUUACGAAUUGACUUUGAAACAUUUGAACAUAUUGUGCAGCAAACUGAACAAGAGUUAAGCCAUCAGGAAAAGACCUUUGAAGAUGACCUGGACCAAAUGCAAAUCAUGAAUGCAAUGGCGCUAAUAGAGCGUGACCGUACAAUUUGCACAUUGGUAAAUCAACUGAAAUGGAUAACUAAAAGAUCUGUCCGAGCUCAAAGGUCGUGA